UCCCGGCAACCCUCGCCACCUUCUCCUAUCCCCAGUCGUCGUCGUAGUACCUUGUCGUCGGUCCGGUGCGCGAGGGCAGGAGCCACGCGAAGCACCAGGCUGGUGGAGGCGCGGGGGAGGAGGAGGAAGACGAGGCAGCAGGACGGUGAGGGGAGGACGCGAGAGGGCGGCCGCGGUGGAACGGGAGGACCAUCUGAUGUCUUCGGUGGGGUAGCCCAACCCACCACUCCUCCUCCUGCGACGACGACAGAGGGCAGAGGACCAUCCAACUAUGUUGCUUCAGCUGAUGGAAUUGGGGAGGCGGCUUUGGUGAGAAGUCCGGUGGACCGAGGAACCACGGAUGCGGCGACGGAGGCCAUGGAGACUACUCAUCCUUGGUCCAGAAUCUUGCCAGACCACCCAGAGAUGACAAGCAUGCGCAUAUUUGAGAUGAUGGAUCUUGCUGCACCUGAAGAGAUGGUUAAUAUGAAGAACUUCCUAAUUGACUUCCUUGAGCCAUUCGCGCUGAGAGCUGGCUGGGAGGCCAAGAGUGGGCAGGGUAACUUGAAUGUACUGUUAAGAGGUACCCUCUUAACUGCUCUUGCUGAACUAGGCCAUCAGUCUACCAUAGAUGAGGUUGUUCGUCGAUUUAACCACCAUUGCGUGUGCUAUAGGUUCACAAAUCUAGAUGCCUUUGCUUGCCAAAUAAAAACCGAAGAAUAAUUAUGUUAGGAAGUUACACUAGCUUUGACGAUCUGAACAUUCAUGGAAUUUUUUCCGG